AAUGAGUUACCAACUUUAACCAAAGCCUCUCUAAUUAUGUAAUUAUAUGCAAUUAAUUUUUAUAGUUUAUUAUUUACCUUACAUUCAUCAACUAGCUAUACCAAUGGUACCUUAAUAUCCAAUCUGCAAUUUUCCAUAAUAAGUGAGUCCAAUUUACUACCCAGUAAUUCCAGGAACGUCAUAAGAUAAUUGUAUUGUUAUAGAAGAUGAUAAUGUAAGCUAAUCAUCUAUAAUUUCAUAGUAGAUUCAGCACCCACUGAACUAAAUUCACUCUAUGAUGAUACAAACAUAAACCAAUAGAGAAUCAAAUUUUCUAUAAGAGGAUGUUAUGCAAUAGGAACAACUAGUAUAAAAAAUAACUCAUUAAAAUAACAAUUUGAAUGAAAAUCAACCUCACAUUCGUAUUACUGUCUAUAAAUAACAUUCAAGUUAAACUGACUAAGAAUUUAUCCUUCAAAAUGAUAGGUAAUAAAUUAUAUCAUAAUUUAGAAUAUUGGGGUCUAAUUAUAAAAAAGAAAUAAUUAUUGGCAGAAAAAAACAGUAAGAAGACAAUCAAGAAAAUUGUGAUAUUUGUAUUUACUCUUAUAAUUUAUUUAAGAUUUACCACAUGGUGAUAAGAAUGUUGAAAAAGUUCACUGUAAAAUUUUAACUGAUAAAGGAUUCGCCUUCUCUAAUACUCUUACUAAACCUCUAUUACUUUUCUUCUCUAUUAUUAAAAAUAAUCCACAUGCAUCAAAACUACCUUUUUCAGUUAUUAAGCAUAUAUAUUCUUUUAUCAAGUAAUUCUAAAUAUAAUUAUUAGAAAUAAACCUUAAUUUUAUAUUAGUGAUAAUGGAACCAGAAAUGGUACUUUUAUGAAAAUAAAAAAGGACAAAAUAAGAAUUAUUGAAUAAGAAAAUACUUAUUUAAUAGGAGCUGAUACAUUUUUCCAUGUUUUGGAGAUGAAAUCAUAGCCAAAACAAAAUAAAUCAAAGAAAGUUAAAGAUCUAAACUUUUUCUAUAAUGCUCUUGCUAAAGAACAUAUAAGAAAAGGAGCUAAGAUUCAUGGAUUAACAAUUGAAGAAACUGAAAUGUUCAAUAUUACUCUUAAUGAAAUAAAAACAACAAAAUAAAAAUAAAGAACUUCAUAAAAAUUAAGUCAAUAUGAUAGACCCUAUUUAAAAAUAACAUUCGAUAAUUAAGCAAUACAUUAAAUAUAAACUCAUAUUUUUAUUGCUAACUACAAUUAAGAAUCUGUAUAUAAAAUUGGUAGAUCCCAAGAAUGUGACGUAUUAGUUAAUAUUAAUACUGUUUCAAGAAGACAAGCUUAAAUUAUUUAUAAAAAUAAUGAGUAUAUUUUAUAAACUAUUUUAAGAUGGUUCAUUCAUGAUGGAGAAGGAUUAAGAGAGUCAGCCAAUGGAACUUGGUAAUCACUUCAAAGCCUUUCUUAAAGAAAUCAUGAUAAGAAAUAAUAGUAAAGCAGACCUUAACUAAUUGAAGAUUAAAUGGAAAUUAAAAUAAGUGAAAACAUCAUCAAAUUUGAUUUUUUGAAUUUUGGUGUAACAAAGAAGUAAUUAAUAAUAUUAAUUAUAGGCGCAAACUUAAUAAAGCUUUAAUUCAAGAUCUACUAAAUAUAAAGUGAAC